AUGGGACCGCGACUUCGGACGCUAUUUGUUUCCGCCUGUACCCGGCCGGAUAAUGAUUUUAUAAUUCCUCCAGGCUGGGAUACACAAGACGAACCAGGUGUACAGGGGGAUGCAGACCAUUGUUCGGCGAUUGCUUCCCAAGUGGGUGAGCUGUCGGAACAUUUGACUGAAUUCGACUUUGCGGGCCCCGUCACGACUGGCUUCUUUGCUUCGAUCGCAGAUCUACGGAAACUCACGACACUGCGUCUGACCCCAAGCACUGUCAACAGAUUCCAAGACCUUCAACCUCUCAAUGAGCUAUCGGUGCUCGAAACCCUUGAACUUAACAUCCUCCAAGAUUGGCAAAGGCCUCCAGGGCUCUCCAUGUCCGAAUACUGCGAGCGGUCGAGAACAUUGCCGAAUCUGCGCGUUCUCCAGAUGGUCACGACUUCUGCCAAUGUAACGGGUGUCAAUACGACCAUUGCGCCGGGUGGACUUCGACAAUUUUCGAGCUUUGUGACCGAUCUCGACAUUGUCCAUUAUCACAAUUACGCCCCAUUUAUCGAGCAAAACCAGCAACUCUCAGGUUUUGCUAUCGGCACGGUGAACGUCGUCACCGACUACGAACCAGAAGGGGAGUUCUGGAAUGAAUCCCGUCAAGAAGAACUGUUGUCGGCACUGCUGAAACGAAUUCGGGACGGCACCCUGGUUGAGAUUCAGUUGGUGGAUCUACCAGUAUUCAGCAAGGUUAUGAUUCGAUCCUUCAUUACCCGAUGCCUUGCAAGACAGGAAGACACCGAUGAACUCGCCACGCUGGAAGACCUCGUCUAUCUCGCUUGUGAAGGAUGUACGACCCUCAAACGCCUGGAACUCUCCUUCAAGCCAGGUUGCUUUGACACCGAUCCAGUUAUGCCCCUCCAGCGUUCGCAACACCAACUCGAAAGUCUUACUAUUCAUACCCAAACCGACGCCGAAUUUCCCGUACCCCGUCUCAUCGCUAUUGCCAUGUUUCUUGACGCGCUCUUCCCCUCCCUCAAGCAGGUAUCGGGGAGCAGCGGCGUUAGCCUCCAGUACCCCACUCCCACUCUAGUCGCCCUACCAUUGACUUACAUCGACCCGGGAUUGAUACAUUGGAUUGUCGACACUUACUUCAUCACUGUUCGCAAUUCACCUGACCGACACUUCAAUAUUCCGCUGGACUGGGCUGCAGACAGUGACGAGGGAGAUAUGCAAGGUUACGCAGACUUCUGUUCGGCGAUUCCUCCCAAAUCGUCGCGUCGCCCUCUCGGGAGAUUUGACCAAACUACCUACGCAGGUCCCGUCACCUGUGGUUUCCUCCGCUCAGUCGGCGAACUUGGAAAACUCACUAAACUGACCCUCAUUCCGACGUCAGUUAACAAUUUUGAAGCCCUCGGCCCUAUCAACAAGCUUCAUGCUCUCGUAUCACUGCACCUUGAAAUCCACCACGACUGGGAAAGAUCCUCGGCCAGCCUCCCCAAGUCAGAGUAG